GUGCUUCUCAAGUCAGACGACCUUAUUAAAGCUCCGUGCGCAAACCCUAACCCCCACUUUCGCGUUGAGCAAAUUGACGAUUGACGAGUCCAUAAUCUCCACUUUUCUGGACAACAGUGAACGGAUCUAAUGGGAAGAAGACGAUCGAAAUCCUCUUCGAAAAGGAAGAAAAAGAAAGAGAAGACGUUCCCGUUGGACAAAAUAAGCAACUUACCAAGUGAUGUUAUACAGCAUAUUUUGUCAUAUUUGCACUUCAAGGAGGCAGUGAAAACAAGUGUGUUAUCGAAAGCAUGGAGACACAAAUGGGCUAUGCUUCCCUCCCUUGCCUUUGAUGAUACCGUUGGCAGCUCCAUUGAGAGAAUUGUCAAUCAUGUUCUCUUUUCUCACACUGGCCCUGUAGACGCUUUCAAGCUUUCUACUGCAAAAGGUCUGUCUCUAGACACUAGAGAUAUUGAUCUAUGGAUUUCUCAUCUAUCGAGUUACUCUAUCAAGGAGUUUAUACUGAAAUUAUGGAAUAGGAGUUUCAAAUACGAUGUCUUUUCCCGUUUGUUUUCUUUUCAAGAUUUGACUCACUUGGAGUUAUGCAAUUGUUCCCUAAAACCUCCGUCCACAUUCAAAGGCUUCCGGGUGUUGAAGGGCCUUCAUAUUCGAAGAGUUACAGUGGCUCAAGAUGCGUUGGAAAAACUGAUCGAGAGUGGUCCUCUUCUUGAGAGAAUGACUCUAUGUGACAUAACGCGUCUCACUCAGCUCAACAUUUAUGCACAGAAUCUCCAAUUCCUUAAAGUAGGAGGUGUUUUUCAGGAUUUCAGACUUAAGAAUACCACAAAACUCGUUGAUGUUUCAAUUGAUGGAAAAUGGGACUCCAGUGAAUUCUUCAAGUUUUUUCUUCAGCUGCCUAUUAUUGAAAGGCUCACAAUUAAGUUUAAAGGGAGCAACAGGAUGAGGUUAAAUCAGCCCUACUGGAAUUGCAGAUUCACCCAACUUCAAGUUUUGAAAGUAACUGGCUAUUUUGGCCUACACACAGAGGAAGUAGAGUUCAUCAGAUCUGUGCUUUCAAGUUCACCUGUGCUCAAGAGGAUUGCUCUUCAACCUGUUUCUGGUACCAAUGUCUGUUGGGAACUGCCUAUAAUGUUGAACGAUUUUGGGAAUGUAGAGAAAAAUUUCUUGGCCCCGUUAACUGAUUACUAUAUGCAAUCUAAUGAGUAUUAUGAUGAGGAUUGAAUUGUA